AUGAAUUCUUUAAAAAUAUUUAACAGAAAAUCAAAAUUUUUUAGUACAAUAUCCCUUAAAAAAAAAUGGCAAAAUUUAAGUUCUUAUAUAACAAAUGAAAAUGAUUUAUCAUCCUGGAAAGAAUUGAAUACGAAAAUUUUUGAAGCAGAAAAUUUAAUACAAAAGCAAGAGAAUGAAAGUUUUAAAAAAAUUGAUUGGAAUGUUUGGAAUAAUAAAAUAAGCAAUAAAGAACUUUUAUCAUGUAUGAAAAAUUUUUAUGAUAAUCAAAUGAAAAUGCUAGAGGAAUUAGAAGAAAAUGAAGAAAAGGAAAAAAAAACAAACGAAAAUGAAGAAGAUAUAAUAUUUGAUGAAGCAUUAAAAAAUUGCAAAAAGUCAGAAGAAAAUUCUGAAAAACUUCUAGUAGAUGGUGCUAAAACAUUGUGGAUAAGUUUUCAUAAUCCUCCUGUAAGUAAUUUAGACAAUAAUGAAUGGAUAGAAAGUGAUAAGUACUGGCAAGCAUUUGUAGAAAAACAUUCAGUUUAUAAUUUGAAUAACAAAAGUUUAGAACCAGAAGAUGAAGAAAAUAUAAAUUUUGAAAAAAAUGAGUGGCAUAAAAAAACAACUAAAUUUAAUGAAAGAAGUGAUACACCAAUAUUAUAUGAUUAUAUGAUAAAUUUACCAUCAUGGGAAUAUUAUGAUAUUAAUAGAAGAAUUUUUCUUGAACAUUUAUUUUACUUUUUAUUAAGAACAGGAUUAAGUUAUAAACAUUUUCCUGAACUUUUCAGCUGGAAGUGGCAAACUCAUAUAGAGGAUUUACGAUUUCAAUUUUUAGAUGUUUCACAAAAAAGAAGAAGUGAAAUUCAGUUAUUAAAAUUAAAAAGAGAACAAGCUUUAGAAUUACAACCAAUUGAUUAUGAACAUAAUGGAGAAGAAUUUCAUUUAAAAUUAUUAAAUCAUCUAAAAGAUUAUCAGAAUUUACUUUUAUCUAGAUUAAUGUCAAAUUAUAUUUUUUUGUGUGAUCCUUUUAUUCCUGUACAAACAAAAGAAGCAUUAGAAAAUGUUUUAAAAUUACAUAAAGGAAAAUUGUAUAAACUCAAUAAUGAAGUAAAUUGUUUAUUUUUUUUACCUGAAAAUAAUGAUAAUAAGACUAAUUAUAAACCAUUUGAGGCGUUACAUAAUUUUUAUCAAUACCUACAAAGCAAAAAUAUUAAAUUGAAUCCUUCUUAUUCUGAAUUAUUAAAUAUAUUUACAGAAAUAUUACAAGAACGAGGGGAUUAUUGGUUAAACAUAUCUAAUGAAAAUAUUUCUGACUCUUUUUUAAGAAGAUAUAAUAAAGAUGAUUCUAUGUAUCCAAUCUUUGUAGAAUAUGUAACUCAAUUAAAAGAAGCUUUUUCUAAUAAAAUAGAAAUUCCAAUUGAAAUAUAUAAAAAAGAAAUUGAGAUUAUUGAGGAAAAAUACAAAGAUGAAUGCAUUUUUUUUGAUAACUUUUUGAAAGCUUUUUUAUCAGAUGAUAUUACAUCCCAUGAAAAACUGCCUGAUUUUAUUAAAUUGGAUGAAAGUCAAAUUAAGAAAUUAGUUGAUGAAGAAAACGUUGAAAUAGUUGAUUUGGAAAAAAAUGAAAAAAUUGUUGAACCUAAAAAAAUUGUAGAGUAUAUAAAAAACCAAGAAAUAGAAAAGCAAAAGAUUCAAGAAUUCGUUAAAUCGAUAAAUAUAUAG